AUUUUGUAACAUUAGUUGGUUAGUUUUAGUUUUAAUUAAUUUUGUGAUUAAAAUGUAAAUAUAAAAUAGAAAUUUACAUACAGUAAUUGAUUUAUUUAGCGCAUAACAAUAUUUUAAUGGAAAUAUAAAUUCGGAUGUAGCUGACGAAAGAAGCAGCUAGCUAGCAUGUCAAUCGAGCAGGUAGGCGUCGACGCAUCCGACUGAUGCAUUGUGGGUAUUGGUGUUCAUGUCUUCUCAGCAUUGUCGUCCGUAUUCAGCCACGUGACAUGACAAACCAACGAUGGCAGGUAGUUUUUUUAUGUCAAGUUAUGCGGAACUUGUAGGUCCUGAUUGACGUGUGUUUGAUGUGGCUUCCUUUUCGCUCCACAUUCAGCCCACUCGGGGCUCGGAGGAGAGAAAGGCGGAUGUCAAAAAGUGUUCAAAGUUGUGUUGCCAGACCCACAACAAGUGCAGCCGCGUUUAUGGACAUCCCUUAAUACUUGAGUGUUUUAAUGUUUUUUGACGUCUUCUCUCAGUCUUCGCUUGCCAGACAUGAAGUUUAACGGCCAUAUUAACCUGCGAAUCGGAGAGGCGGUGGACUUGAAACCGACCACUUUCUCACGGCGCCACUCCAUGAUUUUCCUAAAGAACGCUCCCGCCCUGGACCCUUACAUCGUCCUCAAGGUGGACGACGCCAAAGUGGGACAGACUCUCACUAAACAGAAAACCAACACGCCGACCUACAACGAGGACUUCGCCUUCUUGGUGAGAAACGGUCAACACAUGGAGGUGGCCGUCUUCAACGAAACCCCCAUCGGAUAUGAUGACUUUGUGGCCAAUUGCACCAUCCGCUUCGAGGACCUCAUGAAGACCUCCAACACGGGGGAGGUCUUCGAGGGAUGGAUGGAAUUGGAGCCCGAAGGCAAGAUUUACGUCUUCAUUCGUCUCAAUGGAUCCUUCAUUGAUGAUGAGGCCACGGAGAAGCAGAAGAACCACAAAGAGUUCACCAGGAACCGCCACGGGGCCGUGAGACGGAAAGUCCACCAGAUCAACGGGCACAAGUUCAUGUCAACUUUUCUUCGUCAGCCCACCUUCUGUUUCCACUGCAAAGACUUCAUCUGGGGUGUUUUUGGAAAGCAGGGCUACCAGUGCCAAGUUUGUACGUGUGUGGUUCACAAACGCUGCCACCAACAGGUUGUCACGGUGUGUCCACGCAUGAGGAAGGCACAGCCUGCGUGCCCUGGAUUCAGCAUCAACAUCCCCCACCAGUUCAGCAUUCACAAUUACAAGUCGCCUACUUUCUGCAACCACUGCGGAUCGCUGCUGUGGGGUUUUGUCAAGCAGGGUUUGCACUGCAAAGUCUGUAAAAUGAAUGUUCACAUCCGAUGCGAAGGCAACGUGGCGCAGAACUGCGGAGUCGACAGCGUUGAACUGGCCAAAAUUUUGACAGAGAUGGGCGUGCAGCCCCGAGAACUCUCCCAAAAUACUCCAUUAAAUCCUGUUGUUGGUCGCAUAAAAAAGGCCUCAGAAAGAAGGAAGAGUGUAAAGUCUCGGCCGGAGAUCCCUCAUUUUUCCAUCUCAGAUUUCACAUUUCUUCAAGUGCUCGGCAAAGGCAGCUUUGGGAAGGUGAUGCUUGCAAAGCUAAACAAGAAUGAUCGAGUUUUUGCAGUCAAGGUGCUGAAAAAGGACAUCAUCAUUCAAGAUGAUGAUGUGGAGUGUACCAUGACUGAAAAGAGGGUCCUGUCCCUCGCCAGCUGUCACCCAUACCUUACACAGUUGUACUGCUGCUUCCAGACCUUGGACCGUCUCUUCUUUGUAAUGGAGUUUGUAAGUGGUGGGGAUCUGAUGUUCCACAUCCAGAAGUCCAGGAGAUUCGAAGAACCCCGGGCGUGUUUCUACACGGCGGAGAUCACUUCAGCGCUCAUGUUCCUGCACGGCAAAGGCAUCAUCUACCGUGAUCUCAAGCUAGACAACAUUCUCCUCGACAAGGACGGCCACUGCAAGCUGGCUGACUUUGGCAUGUGCAAAGAAGGCAUCUUUGACGGCAUCGGAGCCAGAACUUUCUGUGGCACCCCUGACUACAUUGCCCCUGAGAUCCUCCAGGAGAUGCUGUAUGGACCGUCUGUUGAUUGGUGGGCGCUGGGUGUGCUGCUGUACGAGAUGCUGCAGGGCCACGCGCCCUUUGAAGCCGAAAAUGAAGACGACCUCUUCGAGGCGAUCCUCAAGGAAGAGAUUUCGUAUUCACCCUGGCUCAGCGAGGAGUCCGUCAGCGUCCUUAAAGCCUUGCUGACCAAAAACCCAAGCCGGCGCCUCGGUUGCGUGGAAUCAGAAGGCGGAGAAAGUGCUGUGACCAGCCAUCCCUUUUUCCGGAACAUCGACUGGGAGAAGCUCAAUCGCAGGGAUAUGGAGCCACCGUUCAAGCCCAAAAUAAAAACACCGGAGGACGUCAACAAUUUUGACCCGGACUUCACGAGGGAAGAGCCCACCCUCACACCCAUUGACAACCCUCACAUUGCUGCCAUCAGUCAGGAGGAGUUUGAAGACUUUUCAUUCACUUCGUCUGAGAUGCAGGAGACUUAGGUCUAUGUGGGAGGCGGGCUUAGUGGCCGCAGUAUGACUGACAUUCCUCAGAGACGUGCGAGUGGAGUCGAACGCGUGUUUGUCAAGAAAUACGACUGGACAAACAAAUCCAUCGAGCUUUUUAUGUAAAGUUUGGAUUUGUGGAUACAUUUUUGGACCAACUAGUUCUUCAGUUUUUCCCCACUGUUGAAUGAGCUUGCAGUUUUACGGUUGAUGUUGGAUGGUAUGAGUGUGUAGUGUUUCCAUUUUGACUGGAAUGCCAGAAAUUCCCAGAAAGCUUCCAGUUUGAAUCCCGGAACAGCUGACUAGUGGUGUGUGUGUGUCAUCAUUUCUCAUCCAAUAUGCAAAUAAAAGUCACUUCAACCUAAUGUAAAUAUGACUAUUCAAUGUGUUGAUAUGACUGCAAUCAACCCGCCUCCCAGCCGAAGCCAGCUAGGGUAGGCUCUGUAUUUUUUUGUUGAACGAGUAUCUUCUGUCAGACCAACAUGCCAAAGGACUGUAAGAUGUGUUUUGAAAUGCAUUAAUAAUUUUCUGUCAUUUUUUUUUAUUUCUAAAAAGUGUACAGGCGUAUUCAAUAGGGUUGGGUCCUCCAUGACGCCCCGAAAACUGAAUUUCUUGAGUUGGCGGAGUAGUCUGCAUGGAGCCUAUUGUAUGCUGGAGCCUAUCCCAGCUGUCUUUGGGCGAGAGGCGGGGUACACCCUGGACUGGUGGCCAGCCAAUCACAGGGCACAUAUAGACAAACAACCAUUCACACUCACAUUCAUACCUAUGGACAAUUUGGAGUCGCCAAUUAACCUAGCAUGUUUUUGGAAUGUGGGAGGAAACCGGAAUUCCCGGACGGGGAGAACAUGCAAACUCCACACAGAGAUGUCCGAGGGUGGAAUUGAACCCUCGUCUCCUAGCUGUGAGGUCUGCGCGCUAACCACUCGACCGCCCUAUUAAACAUUCAUUCAUUCAUUCAUUUUCUACCGCUUUUCCUCACGAAGGUCGCGGGAGUGCUGGAGCCUAUCCCAGCUGUCUUCGGGCGAGAGGCGGGGUACACCCUGGACUGGUGGCCAGCCAAUCACAGGACACAUAUAGACAAACAACCAUUCACACUCACAUUCAUACCUAUGGCCAAUUUGGAGUCGCUAAUUAACCUAGCAUGUUUUUGGAAUGUGGGAGGAAACCGGAGUACCCGGAGAAAACCCACGCAUGCACGGGGAGAACAUGCAAGAUGGCCGUGGGUGGAAUUGAACCCUGGUCUCCUAGCUGUGAGGUCUGCGCGCUAACCACUAGACCGCCGCGCCGUAUGAAGUAUUUAUUUUGCUUUUAACAGAAUUUUUCUUUAUUUUCCCAAGCUGCUGUGUCUCCCUCUUCCAGCACAUCCAAUGGGAAGCUGACCU